CUGUGUGUUUUGAUUCAGUCUCCAGCACUACCAUGCUAAAGGUGGAAGUCCAUAGGUACAGUGCAAGGUUGUGCAAUUUUUUGAACAAAACUUCUUGUCCAAGGGACAAAAUGCUGGAAAAAAGCUGCAAUCAACUUUUUGUGACAGCUGCUAUCACAAUUUCUUAACUGGACACAAGUCUGAUCUUUAAAACAAAAAAAUGGAAACAGUCCUUUAACCUGGUUGAUCUUGGUUAGUCCUACAGUUCAGGGGUUAAACCCCUAUCUUAAUUAUCUUAAUUGUCUGUUGGACUUGGAGUUGCACAAUCGUACAAAUACGGGAGUUUUGACAUCCUGCCGGCUCUCUGUAAAGCUGGUGGAAAAAUGUUAGGUGUUUUAUUACAUUUGUGUGAACAGUAGAAAAAAACAAAAACAGAAGCGAGUCAAACUCCUACUGAUCCUGUGCUGGGAAGCAUGCCUGGAGCCAAAGGUACUGGGAGGAAAAGACAAAGGAAAGAUCUCUCCCGCUCUCCAAGCUUGCUGACCCAGAUGACUGUUGGCCCUGACUAUGUCGCUCCGCAGCGAAACGAGCCCAUGAACCCCUUGCGCAUUUCCAUGGACAGCCUUCCCAUCCUCGCCUCCAUGACCAACACCUCGGACUCGCGCUUCCGCCUCAAGUGGAAAACCAUCGUGGGAGUGUCUGUGCUGCUCACCCUGCUCCUCCUGUUGCAGCUGCAGCGCUCUGAGGGGGGCCCCAGGACCCAGCCCAAUGGCUUCCACAGCGGGCUGGUGAGCCGGGUGGCGAGGGAGCGCUACAACGACACCUACCCACUGAGCCCGGCCGAGCGGACCCCGCAGGGGGUGCGGUACCGCAUCGGCGUGAUCGCGGACCUUGACACGGACUCCCGCAGCAAGGCGCAGCAGCACACCUGGUUCAGCCUGCUGAAGAAGGGCUACGUGGUGGUGUCAGAGAGCGGGGACACCCUGACGCUGGAGUGGGACAGCGAGGACACCGUGCUAGAGUCCCAUCUGGCUGAGAAGGGCCGCGGCAUGGAGCUGUCAGAGCUCAUAGUCUUCAACGGGCGGCUGUACAGCGUGGACGAUCGCACCGGGGUGGUGUACCGCAUCGAGGGCAGCAAGGCCGUGCCCUGGGUCAUCCUGCCGGACGGGGAUGGCACCGUCUCCAAGGCCGACGUGCUCUCCUGGGAAGGAGGCUCAUCUUUCCAGGAGGCUCGGUAG